AUGGUCAGGGAUGACUAUCUGAAAGAAAAGCUCCUUAAGGAGAAGUAUGUGGAACUAUUAAAUAGAGAAGAAGUAUACUGGCAUGACAAAUCGAGAGCAUUAUGGAUCGCUGAAGGAGAUCAUAAUAUAAAGUUAUUUCAUGCAACCUCAAAAGGUAGAAGAAAUAAGAAUAAAAUUGCUACAAUCUUGGAUGAUGGAGGGAUUUUGAGAAGUACUGAGGCUGAAUUAGAACAAGUGGCACUUGAACAUUUUGUUAAUAUACUAGGGAAUGACUAUCAGGCAAGAGACACAUUAGAUGGCAGGCUCUCUGAGCUUGUACAGAAGCUAGUAACUGUGGAGGAAGCUAAAAUGCUAUGCGAACCAUAUUCCCUAGAAGAAGUUAAAAGGGCCACUUUCGAGCUUCACCCCCACAAGGCUUUGCGUCCGGAUGGUAUGAAAGUUGAUUUUUGUCAGGAGUGUUUGGAAUUUCUAGGUCACGAUGUAUGGUUGGUUGUAGAAGAAUUCAGGAAAAAAGGGAAAGGCAACCCAGGACAGGCUGGCUUUGGAGUAGUUAUUCAAAAUAAAGAUGGGAAUGUGGUGUCGGGCACGUAUGGCAGUAUUGGCCGUGCCACAAAUAAUGAAGCAGAAAUAAGAGCUCUCGAGGCUGGGCUUUUACUUUGCAAAGAGAAAGGUUUGACAAAUGUACAGAUUGAAGGGGAUUCUCAGAUAAUUGUAAAUGGGGUGACCAAUGGUAAAUUUCUUAAUUGA